AUGUCUCUCAUCAUGCAAUUUUCAUUGAUUUUACUUAUUGUGUUGAUAACAUUAACAUAUGCUGAUAUUAAUCCUGCACUUGUGUCUUCGAAACCAAACAUUAUUAUUAAACCAAGAUGUCCUUUAUUUUUCUGUUUAAUCAGAUGUAAAAGAUAUAUAUAUCGAAAUAAUUGUCCAACAUGUGAAUGUAAUCCAUGUGUAUUUGGUAAUCCUAUUUGGAAUGUAGCAUGUGGUGGAGGAGAUCGUCAAUGUGCAUUUAAAGGUGGUAUAUGUAAACAUGAUCAACGGGCAGAUAAAAUGUAUUGUUGUCCAAAUGAACAUGAAGGAUGUUGUCCAUAUACACCAAGUAAAUUAUUUCCAUGCUUUUCAAGUUGCAAGUCUGAUAGUUACUGUCAACCAGGACAAAAGUGUUGUGGAGCAUGUCCGCGUCUAUGUGUUGAUGCAGUUAUACCGUAG